AUGAGAUUACCAUGCUGUCAUAUAUUUGAAUAUCGACGAAAAUCAGGUUUUCCUUUGUAUGAUUCAACGCUAUGUGAUAAACGAUGGUCAAGAGAAUUCUACUACAGAUCACAAAGAGCUUUAAAAACAGCCAUAGUCAAUUCUGAAUGUAAUGAACAAUAUGAUGUGGAAAUAAAUGUUGAACCACGUAUAGAACAGAUUAAAUCAAAAAAACCGAAAAGUAGUCAUGAGAAAUUUCGAAAGGCAUCUCUUUGUACUACUAAAAUUGCUGAGCUUAUUUCAUAUUCAUCCAAUGUCCAUUUUGAUAGAAAACUUGAACAACUUAAUUUACUGUUAAGAAGCUAG